AUGGUAUUGUUUACUGAUGUAUUGCACAACUUGCAGAAUUCAUUAAUUGUUUGUUCGACAGCACGAAAACUUGGAAGAAUACCGUCGUCUGAAUUUGAUGAAGAAAAGCUACCUAAUUUAAAAUGCUUCUCAUUAUGCUGUAAUUGGAUUGUAAAUAGUUAUGAUGAAUUAAUUGUACCAUUUCUACGUCGAAUGUCGAAUUUGGAAGAACUUGAUUUGGAUUUUUUAAAUUCCUAUGAAGAAACAUUUAUUGAUGGAAAUAGCUUGAAAAAAAUUACCGAUCAUAUGGCACAAUUAAACAAAUUCAUGUUUAAUAUUCGUUCAGUUAUUUCUUUUGAUGAUGAAAUUAAUUUACCAUCAAAUGAAGAUAUUCAAUAUACAUUUAGAGAUUUUAAAAAUAAUGAAAUUAUUUCUUGUAUUGAUUAUUUUUUCAAGGAAACAAAAGGUGAAUGUCUUAUGUAUUCAAAUCCAUAUACAUUAAUAGAUUACAAUAAUAUAACAAAUAAUUUUCCAGGUGGAUUAUUUAAAAAUGUUCGUCGAAUAUCACUAUUUGAUGAACAUCCUUUUGAACAUGAAUUUUUUCUUAAAAUUGCUCAAUCAUUUCCAUUUUUGAAUGAAUUAGAUUUAAAGAAUUAUCAACAACAAAAGAAUAAACGAUGUAGCAAAUAA